CGAAGACAGUCCUUUUUUCAGCUAACAACAAAUUAUGGCCGUUCAUGAAAUUAAAAAUACGAUUCAUUGUAUUUUACCAAAUAUUUGGAAUUUACAGCUUUUAUGGCAGCAAUAUAAAUUAACAACAUAAAUCAGAAUGGACCACAUUCCCCGUCUAUCAGAGAUCCUGUAUUUUGGUCUGUGUGCUAAGAUUGGGACACCGACGGAAGUGACCAUCAGAAGGGACUUGAUGGACAUGGACGACAUGAUAAAGGAAAAUAUACAUACCGGUAAACAUAAAUGUAGAGGAAGACUAAUGUUAAGCGGUAGUAGAAGAGAAGGAUUCAGGUUUAAAACAUCUGACUGGGAUUACAUGUUGUGGACGUGUGACCGUUAUUUUUUGAUAAAUGACAUUUCUCAGUUGAGGGAUUAUGUUCCAUCAAAUCUUGACAUUGUUCUCAUGGAUGACACGGAUACACCACCUGGAUUUGUUAGACUACAGCUUCUUACACGUCCUAGAUACGCUUGCUUUUCACUAGUUCCUUUAAAUGAUCGGGUUUACAUUUCAAGCUUAUUCUGGAGGCAGCUAGCCCUUAAAAACUCUUCUAGAUCUAUAAAGUUUCAGAAUGUUCAUGAACAUGGUCCAUGUUGCAGUGGUUACCUGGAUGAAUCUACUGAAGUUGACACGGCGCUUUGUUUUGCCUGCAAAUAUUGGCCACGUGGUACAAAUCAUUGGACCGAAAGAUGCCUUAGACACAAAUGGCCUCCUGCAAGUGUGCUUAAAGAUAUCUUAAACGAUAAUUACCACUGUGUAGCUAUUGGAAGUAAAAGCUCUCCUAUUGCAUAUACGCUAGAUUGGAGGUUGUCCUUUUCUCUUGCCGAACAAAAACUAGUGUUCACUAUGAAUCAUACACAGUUUAUAUGCUAUGGACUCCUAAAAAUAUUUCUCAAAGACGUAAUCAAUAAGAACGUGGAAGAACCAUUACUGUGUUCUUACUUCAUGAAGACUACAAUGUUCUGGUUAAUACAGGUCGGACAUAUGAAUUGGAGUCCUAACAAUUUACUGGAAUGCUUUUGGAUGUGCUUUAAAUACCUCGUUCAGAGUGUAAACAGUGGCAAAUUUGCCAAUUUCUUUAUUCCACAGAACAAUAUGUUUAUGAACAAGGUUAUCGGCAUUGCACGUGAGUCUUUAUUAGAUCAACUUAACCAGUAUUACAGAAUGGGCUUACCCUGCCUUCUGCUUAGUCCUACACUCAAAUCUAUACUAGAGCCAGCCCUCAGCCGUCCAUGUAGUAUUCAAUUUACUGGAAAUGUAUGUUUCGAAAUUGGAUGUGCGUGUCAAGAUUUGUGUGCAGUGGAUAAUCUAAAAGAAAUUUUUGUAAAUAAAUAUUUUUUUAUUUUUAAAAUCUGUGGACACAUUGUUAAAUUCGUCACUGUCACCAUACAAAUCCUUAACAUUACAGUGGUGUACAGCUGAUGUUCUUGCAGUGACCGCUUUUGUGAUUGUAAAUUAUUCAUCACAUUCUAAAAAUAAACAAAUGUAUAAUUUGGGAAAAAUGCUGUGCAACAUGUUAAAAUUGUCGGCAGGGAUAGGUACCAUCUCCCAUUCACUGUAUUUAGCAUUCUAUUACUACAGGACAGGUAGAUACAAUAAAGCACUUGGUGUUUCUAAUCUGAUGAAACGAAGACUUUCAGAACACUUUAUUUUGUAUAACACCAAACCAGUAGACAGAAACAGAUAUAGUGAAGAAAUAAGUAAUUUGUCUUUGUCUAGAAAAAUGAA